AUGCCUCGCCCGAAGAAGCCCGGCGCCCCCGAGCCGAAGCGGAGGAGCCGCAAUGGGUGCUGUUGUCAAAGAAGUGGAGAGGCCUGUGAUUAUAGCAUUCGUCUCAAUUGGGAGGGCCGAAGAAGUAAGAAGGGAGGUGACGGCUUUGGUGUGAUCCAGUUUGAUCAAGCCUCUUCCCAGUCAGACAAGAGCACACCGUCAUCUAAACUGGCCACCUCGCCGUCAACUUCUGGCUUCAAAGCAGUCAACUUCGGGCCUCCAAGCACUGUGAAGCGACCUGCAGCAAAAUCUAGUCAAGCUUGGUCCUCUGAAAUUGCCUCCGGUCCUCUAUACGUUCCCGUCUCAGCCGCAACUGCUUUCCCGACUACCCGGUACGACUUUCAGUCACAGAUCUCUUUUGCUCCCAACAACGACAACACCCACUCGUCAGGCACGUUGCAUCCCUCUCACGAUGCAGGGCUGGAAAGAAUGGACAUGCCUGGGCCUCCCUCAAAGCGGCUGAAGUAUUCGCUCGGCGGGAGUGAGGGAGAUGAUCCAUCCUUCCAGUCCAUGGCGGCGCCUUAUCAUCCCAGAAGCUCGGAGACGCAUGUAGCCCCGGACCAUCUCGCACCAAGCGCAUUCCAUGAUGAUUUCCACCAAAUGCACGCUCAUCCGACCCCGGAGGCAUUCCGCCGGCUCUCUGUCAACUCUUUACUGUCUGGCGACUCAGUUCCAUCCCAGGAGGAGCGAUUGAGGGAGGCUACGGGAAGCUACCUGGGUCUGGAUUCCAAAGUCAAUCGGCUUCAGAAGAGUACCUACUAUGGUAUCGACCGCGGCUUCACGGACUUGGAUGUCGGUGUGAACGAUGAUCUUAACGCAAUCACGGGGGCCUCGCCGAAGCUCUCGAGACGCGAAAUCGUGGGCGAGGAGGACGCCGAGGAAGAGCAUCCUACAGAGUUUGGAUUCGGAGCCUACUCCAAUGAGGUUGAUGGUUUUGCUGGGGGCUACUACGACCGGCCAGUGAUUGUGCGAAUACCUCAGACCUUCGAACCCCUUCCGGACAAACUGAGGGACAAUCCCAUGAACCUGCUGUAUUUCCACCACUUCCUCAAUCACACCUCUAGGGUCUUGGUACCUCACGAUGAUCCUGGGUCGAACCCUUUCCGCACCGUUCUUCCACUGAUGGCUGUGACAAACGACCAUCUCUUGAGCCUUUUGCUGGCAUAUUCUGCAUCACAUCGUGCGAGGCUGUUGCAGCAACCAGAGCCUGCCACAAGGAUUGCACUCUGGGUUCAAGACAUCUUUCCCGCCCUCCGCCAUGCCCUCGACAACCCCGAUACAGAGAUCUCCAGCACGGACGUGGCCACAGCCAUCAUGCUUGCGUCUCUGGAGAUCAUCUGUCCUUCAGCGUUCGAGGUCCAUAUACCCUGGCAGAAGCAUCUUACUCUGGCUCGCGAGCUCGUCACGGCUCGUCCAGCUCUCCUCAAAGUCAACCACCAUAGUUCCCGAGAAGCGCAAGCUCAAGGCCAUCAGGUAUGCGCGUUCUUGUGGAGCUGGUUCGCGUACCUAGACGUCCUGGGCAGUCUCAGUGGCGGAGGGCAGGACGCAUCACCGGUUUGGGUUCUCGAGUAUCGUGUGUAUCACCCUGAUGACGACGACGAGAUUGACUGCAUCAUGGGGUUCACCACGUGUUGCAUCUACAUACUAGCCCGCAUCGCAGAGCUGGCGAAGAAGAGCGACACCGAACGUCUGCGCGCCCAGUCGCGGCGAGUCACGGGGCAGGGCGCCAUCCGAGACGAUGGUGCACAGAACGAGACUGACGCCAUUGAGGACAACGCACUUUCCACCUGGCAGCCCAGCGCCGAGGCUCAGGCCAAGGCCCACAAACUCGAGGCCGACGUGCGUGAGAGCCUGGCUCAGCCGCCGCGGCCGUGCCAGCACAUACACAACUUGAACACCUGGGACCGGCGCGAGAUGAUCGCGACCAACGAGGCCUACCACUGGGCGGCCCUGAUCCAUCUCUGGCGGCGGGUGUGGGGGGCGCCCACCGAGGAUGCGCGCGUCCAGGAGGCCGUGGGCAAGAUAUUCGACUGCCUGAGAAAGGUGCGCAGGUGUGGCAGCGCCGAAGGCUGUCUUCUCUUCCCCAUGUUCACCGCGGGUUGCGAGACGAGAGACGCGGAGAACAGGGAGUAUAUCUUGGAGAGGAUGAAGACUGUCGAGAAGACGGGCAUGACGCAGUGUCCCCAGCUGAUGAAUCCAAAUCCCGAUUCUCGCCAGGACAUCGCUCCUCAAGAACACUAG